GUCGCUUGCCAUUAUGCAGUUUUACAGUAUUACUAGUAAUGCGAUGAUCUGCCCACCCAGCCAUAUGUUGUCUGUGCGGGCCUACAUGCACCUUAACAUGACAGAAUGGAACAAUCGCCCUUACUGUACUAAGUGAAAAACCUGGGACGAUUUGUUAAGUGGUGAAGCGAGGUCAGUCGCUGCUGUCAGAUGCGUUGGCCUUGACAUUCAAUCUGGACGUAUAGACUGUGGUCAGUAUUGUGUCCGCAGCUAUAUAAUGGGCCGGAAUGCCGCCUUUGACAGCUUCAAGCGAUCACCGGACAAUGGAUGUCUGACACAGAACGCGAGGAGCCUGACCAGACGCUUGUGUAACGCUUGAACCAAGGUCAUGGCUACAUCUGACCGCCCUUUCGGUCAUAGACACGAGACACCACUCCGGCCACGGUCGCCUUUAGUGUUAACGCAGUCCUCGAUCAGUGUCGACGCCAUGUUAGUGUUGGGACCGAUUGUCCAUAAACAUUGUUAUACAUAGAAGAUAGUGUGUUCUCUAAAUUGCUGGUUAUUUUGGUGCAACAAGAUGGCGUACUUUUCUGGAACACUGAUCGGAUAUUUGUCUAUAUCACCGCUUGUUUUGAUCGGAUGUGUGAUUACUUUGUCGCUGAUUUGGGCUUCAAAAAACCGGAAGUUGGCCUCCACGGCGCCUGGGCCGUUUCCUUGGCCUCUUAUUGGGAAUUUGGUAAGUCUCGGUAAAAAGCCUCAUAGAUAUUUGACAGAACUUCGUGCUACAUACGGGGAUGUGUUCCAAAUUACGAUGGGAACUACCCCGACCAUUGUGUUAAACGGUCUCAAAACUAUACGAUCGGCCAUGAUCAAACAGGCCGAAGACUUCGCCGGCCGACCUGACUUUUAUUCCUUCAAAUUCAUAGCAAAUGGAAAGAGUAUGGGAUUUGGAGACUAUGGGCCUCGCUGGAAAAUGCAUCGUCGUAUCGCCCAGAACUCGCUGGCCCUGUUUACCAAUAAACGAAACAGUCCCAUAGAAAUGGCUAUUGUGUCGGAAGCGGACGUUCUGACUAGCAAUUUCCUUGGAUCAGAGGGCGCCCCCUUCGACCCUCACAACGAAAUUUAUCUGUCGGUUGGCAACAUCAUCUGCGCUUUGUGUUUCGGUAAACGUUAUCAGCGAGAUGACGAAGAUUUUACACAUCUUGUUAAGAUGAACGACGAAUUCAUGGCGUUUGCAGCGGCAGGAAACCCAGUAGAUAUUAUGCCGUGGAUGAGGCACUUUACGAAAAGUUCAUUCAACAAGUUCAUCGGUAUCCUAGAAACCAUGAACAAAUUCAGCUUGAAAAAGCGACAGGAACAUUUGGACACGUAUGACGCGUCUCACAUGCGGGAUAUAACGGACGCUCUUAUUAAGGCGACGGACGACAUCCCUGAUGAGGACAAGGAGGCUGUGGGACUUACGGACGAGCAUAUCCUCACCACAGUUCAAGAACUCAUCGGCGCAGGGUUCGACACCAUCGCCAGUAGUUUACAGUGGUCAGUGCUGUUCAUGGCCACACAUCCGGAUGUUCAGGAAGCUGCGCACGCAGAGAUCCGGGAAAAGGUCGGUGUCAAUCGCCAAUUGUCGUUUGAUGAUAUUGAUAUUCUGCCCUACACAGAGGCCUGCAUGUUGGAGAUUCUGCGCCACUCUUGUAUAUUUCCGUUUGCACUGCCACACAGCACCACUCGCGAUACGAUCCUCGACGGACAUUUCAUCCGGGCAAACACCCUCGUCUUCGUCAAUCUCUGGUCCGUGAACCAUGACCCGGAAGUGUUCAACAAUCCCAGUCAGUUCGACCCCACCAGGUUCCUAGAUUGUGACGGAAAUAUCGACAAGAACACCGCGGACCUUUUCCUCCCGUUCGGUGCAGGAAGGCGGAAGUGUCCAGGAGAAUUACUUGCAAGGAUGGAACUGUUUUUGUUUUUCUCGUCGAUGAUUCAAAAAUGUUUAUUUGAAAUCAUUCCCGGAAAGGAACCAGUAAUCGAUAGUAAAUACGGACUUACGCUGAAACCGUUGGACUUCAAGGUGGCCGUGUCAGCUAGGCGAUAAACAGCUGUUCUAGUAUGGUGCUCAUGUAUUACGAGAGGUAUAUAUGUCGUUAUGUUAUACCGUAUGUGGGAUAUCAGCUUUUUGUUAUUGUAAUUUUAACAAUUCACCACUAUUAAAAGCAAGUGCCUUUAUUAAACACAUGUUUUUAUCGUGUUGCAAAAGUCAACGAAAAGCUCACCUGCAUUGUUACCUAUAGUACUGCAAAGUUAUUUAAAAAUGAUGGAAUAUUUAAACUUUGAACUUCAUAUUUUCACGCUUUAUAUAAUACUUAGAUUACAUGCUGCUAUAACUAUUAAACAUGAGAAAACUUGAA